AUGAAGCUGGCAGUGAUUGUUUUAUCUUUGGCGGCUUACGUCACAGCCAGCAACAUACCAAACUAUCUCCUAGAACACAAUACCGCCUAUGGAUAUCUAACUAGAUUUGGAAUCCCAGAAGCUGAGAGGAUCCAGAAAGCUGAAGAAGAAUAUCUAAAGAACCCAUCCUCCAGAAUAUUUAAUGGUUCUCCUGCUGCUCUUGGACAAUUUAAAUAUCAAGCUGGCUUGAUUGGAGAAAUCCUUGGCGAAACAGGCAGAAGUAUAUGCGGGGGUGUCCUGGUCAGCAACAACCGUGUUCUUACUGCGGCCCAUUGCUGGAACGAUGGUAGGAAUCAAGUCUGGAGAUUAACAGUCGUGCUAGGAUCGGUUUUGCUGUUCAGUGGUGGAACCAGAGUCGAAAGCAGCGACGUCGUUGUGCACCCCAGAUGGUUCCCAUUGCUAAUUCGAAACGACAUUGCUGUGAUACGUCUUACUUCACCUGUAUCAAUUUCUGCCAUCAUUGAACCUAUUGCUUUACCCACUGGAUCUCUCAUCAAUGAGAACUUUAGCGGUGAACAAGCUAUUGCGUCUGGAUUUGGAUUACUUGGUGAUAACGUUGGCAUCACAAACGAUCAAUUCUUAAGCUAUGGCGAAAUGACUGUGCUUGAAAACAGCCGGUGCUCAUUAGCGUUCCCACGCUUAAUUUUUCAAGACUCUAAUUUGUGUGUAAGAACCUUUAGAAGCGCUAGUACUUGCCGAGGAGAUUCCGGUGGCCCACUCGUUGUGCAAAGGAACGGCGCUCCUAUUCUUAUCAUCUUUAUCAUCAUAAACAUGAAGCUGGCAGUGAUUCUUCUUUCGUUGGCAGCGUAUGUCGUUGCCGACGUAGAUUACUAUAAUACCGCCUAUGGAUACAUAAAAAGAUUUGGUAUUCCAGCUGGCGACAGAAUCAGGGCACAAGAAGAAGAAUUUCUGAAAAAUCCAAUUUCCAGAAUUUUUAAUGGUUCUCCAGCUUCACUUGGACAAUUCCCUUACCAGGCCGGCCUAAUCAGCACUAUCCGUGACUCAACGGGUCAAGGUGUAUGCGGAGGUGCCCUAGUAACACAAAACCGAGUUUUGACCGCAGCUCACUGCUGGUUUGAUGGCCAAAACCAAGCUAUCAGACUCACAGUUGUGCUUGGUUCAGUUACAUUAUUCUUUGGUGGUACUAGAAUUGACACUGACAGUGUUGUAAUGCACAAUAACUGGCAGCCUUUACUCGCCCGCAACGACAUUGCUGCUGUCCGUCUACCUUUAAAUGUACAACUUUCCAGCACCAUCAACGUAAUAGCUUUGGCUACUGGAAAUGACAACUUCGCGGGUCGAGCAGCCACCGCAUCUGGGUUUGGAAUGUACGGAAAUACUGUCCCGAUCACGAACGGCCAAACUCUACGCUUUGGUCAUAAUAACAUAAUAACAAACGCUCAAUGCCUCCCAUCAUUCCCGUUAUUAAUCCAACCUAGCAACGUUUGCACAAGCACCCAAGGAACAUCCAGUCCUUGCCGAGGCGAUUCUGGCGGUCCCCUCACAGUGAACAUAAAUGGACCUGUUCUUGUUGGUAUUGUUUCGUUCGGAGCUCCCCCUUUCAGAGGAGGAUGCGAAUCUGGCAUGCCCGUCGCGUAUGCUAGGAUUACGUCAUUCUUAGAUUUCAUUCGCAGCAACCUU